AUGUCACAGGUGAACCCGGGGUUCUUCAGCGCCCUGAACCUGAAGACAGAGCUGGAGGGGGGGGCGGGCCUGGGGGCGGGCCUGGGGGCGGGCCUGGGGGCGGGCCUAGGGGCUGACACCUCAGAGGCAGCCCAGUACCUGAGCCGCAUCAUGAAGAGACCCCCCCAGGACAAGCCCAGCGACAUGUGGAGGACCUACCUACGCAGGUUCGACACAGAUGACUACUGCGAGGCUCAGUGUGACUUCCUCCACAAGGAGCACUUCCACUGCAUGGUGGAGGACUGCGGUGCUCUGUUCAGCACGGUGGACGGAGCCAUCAAACACGCCAACUUCCACCUCCGAGCCACGCUGAAGGUCAAAUCGGAGCCCCACUUCAACGAAUCCAAAGACUGCGGCGACGGCAUCUCCCUGCAGCCGGCCGCGCCCGUCUCCAUGGCCAACCACUCCUCCAUGGACGUGGGGGCGCUGGCGUCGUCGGGGGCCUACGGCUCCUCCCCCUCCCUGCUGGCGUCGUCGGGGGCCUAUGGCUCCUCGCCCUCCCUGCUGGCCUGGAAGCAGCUGGCUGGCAGCAUCCCCCAGCUGCCCGCCUCCAUGCCCAACCUGCCCGCCAACUCGCCCCUGGCCACCACUUCCCUGGAGAACGCCAAGCCCCAGGUCAAACCAGGCUUCCUGCAGUUCCAGGACAAUGACCCCUGUUUGGCCACGGACUGUAAGUAUUCCAACAAGUUCCACUUCCACUGUCUGUUUGGGAACUGCAAGUACGUGUGCAAGACUUCCGGCAAGGCCGAGUCCCACUGCCUCGACCACAUCAACCCCAACAACAAUCUGAUCAACGUCCGAGACCAGUUCUCCUACUACUCUCUCCAGUGCCUGUGCCCCAACCAGCACUGUGAGUUCCGGAUGCGGGGGCACUACCACUGUCUGCGUCCUGGCUGCUACUUCGUCACCAACAUCACCACCAAGCUGCCCUGGCACGUCAAGAAACACGAGAAGGCCGAGCGCCGAGCUGCCAACGGCUUCAAGUACUUCACCAAGAGAGAGGAGUGUGGCCGGCUGGGCUGCAAGUACAACCAGGUGAACAGCCACUUCCACUGCAUCCGAGAAGGGUGCCAGUUCUCCUUCCUGCUCAAGCACCAGAUGACAUCACACGCUCGCAAACACAUGAGGAGGAUGCUGGGAAAGAACUUCGACAGGGUUCCGUCCCAGAUUCACUCCCACUCCCAGAGGUCAGAUGACAUGCAGCACUUGUCAGGUGUGGGCUCCGGGCCCCUGGGGGGCCACGCUGGCAUGACCCCCGGCUUCUCCAGCAUGAUGGACGACGCCGACGACUACAUGGACUAUGUGGGCGGGGCCAGCCCUCUCGGCCUGUCCUCCGAAUCGUCCAAUCAGGACCGCAGCUGCACCAGCACCCCCGUGGGCAACGACAGCUCCCCUGCAGGACAAGGCUGUCUCGUCACCUCCGCCCCCUCCACCCCUGCUGACACUUCCGCACCCCAAAACGCACCACCACCACUUCCUCCUCCACCUCCUCCUCAUCCCGGUCUCCAGUCCCAGGCCUCCUCCUUCCCUCCGGCUCUCCUGCGGCCCCCCCUCCCCUCCCUCCCAUACCUCCUGUCUCCAUCCUGUCUGUCAUACUCUCUGCUCAGCGCCUCUCUGGGAGCCACGCGGAGUGUUGUCAUGCCAACCAACACGCCAGCUUUCAGCCCCAUCAUUGCCACACCGUCACCGGUUAAAAAUGACGUCCCUAUAGUUCAGGAUGCAGCAGGCAACAGCAUCUACAUCCCCACGGCGACCGGCGCCAAGAAGCGCUUCUGGAUCAUCGAGGACAUGUCGCCGUUCGGCAAGCGCCGCAAGACGGCCUCGUCGCGCAAGAUGCUGGACGAGGGCAUGAUGCUGGAGGGCUUCCGCCGCUACGACCUGUACGAGGACUGCAAGGACCCAGGAUGCCAGUUCUCCCUCAAGGUCACCCACUACCACUGCACCCGGGAGAACUGCGGCUACAAGUUCUGCGGGCGCACGCACAUGUACAAGCACGCCCAGCACCACGACCGCGUGGACAACCUGGUGCUGGACGACUUCAAGCGCUUCAAGUCGUCUCUCAGCUGCAGCUUCCCAGACUGCCAGUUCUCGGGGAACAGCACCCACUUCCACUGCCUGCGCUGCGGCUUCCGCUGCACCGACAGCACCAAGGUGACGGCUCACCGCAAGCACCACGGCAAGCAGGACGUGAUCACCGCCGCCGGAUUCUGCCAGUUCAGCUCCAGCGCCGACUGCGAGGUGACCGACUGCAAGUACAAGCUCAAGUGCUCCCACUUCCACUGCACCUACCCUGAGUGCAAGCACACCGUGGUGGGCAUGUCCCAGAUGGACUCCCACAAGCGCAAGCAUGAGAAGCAGGAGCGCGGGGAGCUGCCCUCCGUGUCCCCGCACCAGGAGGCCCAGCUGCACCACAUGGGGGGCGCGGGGGGAGGCGUGUCGGCCGCUAACCACCCCUCCUCCAUGGGUCUCCCUCCAGCCUCCCCCGGAGGCCACCUGGGCCUCCACCAUAACAGCCUCAGCGCCCCCACCUCCAUGCUCUACCCUCCGGUCAGCAUGGCCUCCGACUACGGCCACCACUACCCGCCCUCCUCAGUCAGCCUGGACGGCUCUCUCAACCUGGGCACAGAGUCCAGCAGCUCGCUGUUCUUCCUGAAGAACGCCGUGGGGCUGGGGCUCAGCGACUCUCUGGACCUCAGCAAGAAGAUGCACCAGGACUCUGGGGCGGGGCCCCUGGGGGUGCUGGAGGCCCUGGCCCUGCCCAGCUCCAAGCCCCCGCUGGCCGUGACGGCGCCGCUUGAUGACAUCACCACGGGGACAUCCGGAGACGCGGAGGACGACCUGUCACCUGAGGAGGAGGGGCACGUGGAGGAAGAGGAGGAGGAAGAGGAGGAGGAGGAGGAAGAAGAGGACAUGAACACUGACUCGUAUGAAGACUCCAUGCCGGAGCCAGACUGUGACAAGGACAAUGGCGAGAGUCUGGAUGCUUCUGCCCACCACGCUGACUCUUCUCCUCUGGAGAAGCUGGAGAUGGAAGCAUGAGCAGAACGUGAAGAAUUCUGUCUACUAUGAACAAACAUCAGAUUGAAGUGGCCUCGUUUAUCAUGGUUAGGGACACACGCGCGGAUGACAACGUGAAAACAACAACAUGAAGAAAUGACGGCCCCAAAUGAUUUAUUAGGAUGUUUACAAGAUGACCAACAUUAUUAAUUCAAUUAUGCAUUAAAAGAUGAACAGAGAAACAAACCAAUUAGGCCCUCUUUUACAAAUGGGGCAGCAAUGUAAACAUUUUACUACACAUCAGUCUUUUGUGUGUGCGUGCAUGUUUGACUUUUAUUUAUUUAAUUUUUGUUUUCACUUUUUUGUGUGUGGAAAAAAAAACACGAAAAAAAAAAGAAAAAAAGAAAUCUCUAUAUAUAACUAUAUAUGUAAGUGUGUGUGAACGUCAAUAUAUACAAAGGAAGCGUUCUGGUGCAGUCCACAAACUGCCGGACCCUCGUCACCCAAAAAGGGAAAUAAAUCACUGUUCAACUUCACUGACGCAAAAUUAUGAUACAGAAUGUGUUUUAUCCUACUAUGAUUAUGAUUAUUGUUAUUAUUAUUAAGCAGGGAGUCUGCAUCAGUGCUUGUACCCUUCCCUCUCUUCCUCUUUGCAAGGUUGUUAUUUUAUUGUCAGUGUACUUUUGCCUCCAGAAGUGAUCAGAAAGGCUGUGUGUCCAGGAAGUGGAGUGUAGUGUCUGGAGCGCUUCCACCUGCCAGAUAAGCUCUCAGUGGGGCCAGAGGUCUGCUGCAUCCCUGCUUUGAAACACAAGUUCUCACCAAAACCAAGCAUACCGUUGUACCAUUUUAUCCUCGAGGAAACUUUUGGGUUUGUGUUUGUAUAGCGCACUUUUAUAUAGAUAAUGAGGACGAUAGAAAUUCAAACAUGUAUUUAAAGAUAUUUUUGUUACCAUCUACCAUCAUUGCAUUAUGAUUGCAUCACACAGCGCAGUUAACCUGACUGGUCAGCCUAGGGUUAACUAGAUGAGGGAACCAUGGUGACGAUUCUGGGAUGUUUGGCCUGUGGAAAACAUGAGUAAACAUGAGGGAACCGUGUCAGGGAGCUUGUUUAACGUUUGAAAUGUAUAGACAACGAAAACGAUUUGUGGACAACAUUUUGUUUUCCAUUCACUAUGGUUGUGGUUGAGCUAUAUUGUAACGGUUUUAUUUAAUAUUUAUGUGACCUUGCAAUGAGAUAUUUCUAGGGUGUAAUUGCACUUUUUAGGUUCAUUUGUACCUUCUGAAAGGAAAAAGAAAAAAAGAUAUAUCUUUUAACAGGGACUUUUGCUUUAUCAUGUUUAGUUCACUUUGCUUUGAUGCACAAAUAGUUGUGUUAGUGUGACAAAGAACUAUUGUUCUGUGAUUUAUUUAAAGCAAGAAUUGAUACCUUCCUCUUCUGUGAUUGGAUGAUUGUUUUAUGAAACAGGCACACCAGAACUGCCUCACAACACUAAUACCAACUGUGAUUUUCAAUUAAUUCUUUACAAUAUGGCAAUGCUCCAAUACUGGAAAAUUACAUUAAAAAAAAUUAAAAUAACUGAACACGGUUUUAGUGUAAACCUUCCCCUCUGGGUUAUGGUGAUGUAACCCUGAGAAGAGAUAAUAAUUGUGAUCUCUCUGGAGGUCUCUCUGGCUUUGGAAAAAAAGAUUGUCACUCUGUAGGGGAAGGUAUGUGUGUCGAUGAUCCUGGGGAAUAUUGGUUUGAGAAGAAGAAAAAAGGUUGUACAGUAUUUUCUUCUGUUAAAAAAAGAAAAAGAAAAAAAAAAACUAUAUGAACAAAAUGCUCUUCGAUGAACAGCUUCCUUUAAAAAGAAACCGUUAAAAGGAGAAAUGAAUAAUAAAAAGUUCAAAAUGGAAAUAACCCCACUAUAGUUUGACUGUGUGCGUGAUCUUAUUUGUCAUCUCCUUCUCUCUCCCUUGGUACAUUCACAGAGGAAGUUGACUAAACAGAUUUGUACAUUGUGGCCCUUGAAAUGCCACUGUGCACAGUGGACAGAUUUUUACCUUGUUGUUUUUGCAUCAGAAAAUGCUGUAUUUUCAAACAGUUAAUAAGUAACAAACUCAUACAGAACGAAAUCACUGAUAAGAAUUUAUCAAUGAAUGUUUCGGUUUUAUUUAACACCUUGUUUAAUUAUUAUUAUAAUUAUUAUUUUUGUCAUAUUUUGUGUGUGAUUUUUUUUGUUUUUCAUUCAUUGGAAUUCUUGAUUUUGCUGUGGGUGUGUCUCCAAGUGUCUCCCCAGACUCAAUGCAAGGCGGUGCAUCAUAGUCAUUUCUGUUUUGUUUAAUUUUAUGACAGCAUUUUUAAAAUAGCUAUAAGGCUGGGAGACAUUGUGCACUUGAAUACAGUUUGUGUGUGUGUGUGUGUGUGUGUGUGUGUGUGUGUGUAAAAUAGCAGGAUUUGUAAAAAGUUGAAAAUAAAGAACCUAUAAUUAUUAUAACGAUACAUAUGCUUAGUAGUGCUUUAGCCCCAGGGCAUUCUGGGUAGUGAUGCGGAGGGGUUGAGGAGUGCUGCUCAAAUACAUGAUUCUAGCUCAGUGGAGCUUAAGCACCAUAGCUGUACCAGGGACCCCCCCCCCCAGCUCCCCAGCCCCAGGCUCCCCAGCCCCAGGCUCCCCAGCCCCAGCUCCCCAGCCCCAGGCUCCUCAGCCCCAGGCUCCUCAGCCCAGGCUCAAGAACUGCUGUCUCGGUGCCACUACUAGGACCACUUGUAGCAGCAGUCGUGUGGGCAUGCUGUGGCUGGGAGUCGUCUCCCCAGCAUCCAGCCUCCAGGGCCUGGAUCCUCUUAGAGCUGCACGGGAGACAGACGAGAAACUUGGGAGGUGAAUCCAGGUUCAUGCAGAAAUAGCUGGGGAACUGGACAUGUGCAGUUGAAAAGAAAUGACAACAACAAAAAAAUAUGUGAUCGGGGCUGUUCUGUAAGGCUGGUCUGUGAGGAUGUGAGGGCAGGUCCAUGCAGAGUUUAUCCUGGGGACUCACAAGGAGGAUGUAGGCUAACUCGGGGGCUCAAUGUGUCUUUUACAAUGACAGUGAAAUGGGAGGCAUAAGUUCUUAGAGGUUUUGUAUCUUUUUUUUUUUUUUUUUUACUCUGUCGUCUCAUCCAGCGCUCCUCGGCGCCCAGAGAGCUGCUAGAGUGGUCCACCAGCCCCCCACAGCUGACGCCCCCUUCCUUCCUUGUGAUGUUUCUUUAAAUAUAAAAAAAAAAAAAUGGGUAAAGGCAUCACCAUCUGUCAGCCAGCUGGCAUCCUGUAUAUAAUCUACGAAGAAAAAAAAAAUAAACAUGAAAAUUAUAUUACACAAAAACCAGACGGAAGCGACCUCCAAAUCCCGCAUAGACUGCUGCCGCAGCACGGACAGAUCGCUUUACUGUUUUAAUUAACGGAGUAAACGAUGAUUUAAAAAUUGGAAGAAAGAAAACAAAAAGAAAACAAACGAAGAUGUAUUCUGUCUGUUGGAGAAGUAGAAUAAAAAGCAGCGUAGUGGACAAAUGGAGUUGAGUUUUAGCCUUUGUAAAAUAUAUUGCACUCUAGGACUAAAAGCCAUCUUGUGCUCACAUCUAAUUUGGUUUGAUUCACAAUCUGACUGGGGGACAAAUCAAAAGUUUUAUAUUGUAUAAAUACAAAGCAAUUGAUGAAAAAAAGAGUCUCUCAAUUACUUGAAUUUGCUGCGCUCACCACUGAUGUUUAUAAUUGCGUAUUAUCCAUUUGGAUUUAGUAUUGUUUAGUCCUUUGUGCUAUAUUUAUGUUCAUUUCUUUUCUUCUGCAUGUCUUAUGCAAGGGUUGAGAUUUUCACUCAAUGAAAUAAAAAUGUAUGAAACAAAA